AUGCAUCGCGUCAAAGCUUGGGCGCACACAUCUGCCCACAAGCACAAUUUCAACCCGUGGUCCCCGUCACACGACAAUCAACCCUCAGACUCGGGCAAGAGGCCGUCGCAGGAUGGGGAACCGGAGAAGAAGGAGAAGCCUAAGCUCUCGGUCCUCGGUCGCGUCCUUGCUAAUGUCAAGGUCGCAUUAUUUCAUUCUUGGGUGAACGUCCUAUUGGUCUUUGUGCCAGUCGGCAUCGCUGUUCACUUUGCCGGACUCAAUGAUGAGGUGGUGUUCGCCCUGAAUGCUGUCGCCAUCAUCCCCUUGGCCGGCCUCCUUACCUUCGCUACCGAAUGCGUUGCCCACCGACUUGGCCCCACGUUGGGCGCCCUGCUGAAUGUGAGCUUUGGAAACGCCGUCGAGUUGAUCAUAUUCAUCAUUGCCCUCGUUAAAAAUCAGAUUCGCAUUGUCCAAGCAUCCCUAAUCGGCUCGCUUCUCGCCAACUUGCUGCUCAUCCUGGGAAUGGCCUUCUUGAUCGGUGGCCUGGAAUACCAAGAACAGAUUUACGACAGUACUGUCACUCAGAUGUCGGCCUGCCUUCUUGCGCUUGCAGUAUUAUCGUUACUGAUACCUACAGCAUUUCACGCAUCUUUCAGCGAUCUGCAGAAAGCCGAUACUGCAGUCUUGAAGCUCAGCCGCGGAACAUCGGUUAUCCUACUGAUCAUCUACGUCCUCUACUUACUCUUUCAGCUCAAAUCGCAUGCAUAUCUGUAUCAAGGUACGCCGCAACAUAUCAUCGAUGAAGAAGCCACUCCCGGAAUCCUCCAACGUUUCGACUCUAGCAGCUCUUCGUCCGCCAGUUCUCUGGGGUCUUCUGUCUCGACGGGCGGGUCACAUCGGCGCGUGAGCAAGAGAAUCAGGGCUAAGCUAGGCAGAAGAAGACAAAUCAAAACGGAGGUGGAAGAAGAGGCGGACAACAAGGGGUCAUCUGCGCAACCGGGCCCGGCUGUCGCAGACUUCCAAGCCGAAACAACAGCGGAGCCAGAGGAGAUAAACGAUCAUGACAGAGUCACCCUGCAGCUGCCCGCGAGCUCUCCAAAGUCGGCCGUAAGACCGGGCAAUGAAUCAAGGCAAGGAAUGCCGACAACCCCUGCGGAUGCAUCAUCGAAGGACAGAAAACUCAGUAUGGGACCUCGAGGGCUCUCUUUCCGAACUCCACCAGUCUUCCGAUCAUCGACAAACCCGUAUCCUACAGGCAGAGCAUCAGAUUAUCCCCAGUCCUCACUUCGUCAUUAUUCAUCAGCGCCCCACCAACAGAACCAGAGUGCAGGAGCUGCUAGAAUUACACGCCCGGCUUCCACUAAAAGUACACAGGCCGAAGAAGAAGAUGCUCCUCCCAUGAGUCAAACUGCCUCAAUUGUCCUCCUCCUGGUCUCCACUGGACUUGUGGCACUUUGCGCCGAGUUCCUCGUCGGAAGCAUCGACAGCCUGGUUGAAAAUUCGCCUCUGUCAGAGGCAUUCAUCGGUCUAAUCAUUCUGCCUAUCGUUGGCAAUGCAGCCGAACACGUUACUGCUGUUACGGUUGCGGCAAAGAACAAGCUCGACCUUGCCCUGGGCGUGUCACUUGGAUCGUCCAUUCAGAUUGCCCUUUUUGUCACCCCAUUUGUCGUCAUCCUUGGCUGGAUCUUGGACAAAAACAUGUCCCUCUACUUCAGCCUGUUCGAGACGGGAUCCCUGUUCGUUUCGACCUUCAUUGUUAAUUUCCUGGUCCUGGAUGGAAGAAGCAACUAUCUGGAAGGCGCAUUGUUGUGCGCGUGCUAUGUGAUUGUAGCUGUUGGGGCCUAUUUCUUCCCGGAUGGGCAAGAUCAAAGCUCGUUGACAAGUGGUCCGGGAGGGGGGUGA